CGAAAAUCUUUAUGUGAGCUGUGCUGAUGCUGCCAGUGCUCGCUGUUUAUCUGGAAAAUAGAAGCAUGAGAAGUAUUCAACUGCACAGACAUGGAUAAAUAUGAGAGGUUGAAGAAAAUUGGGGAGGGAUCCUUUGGGAAAGCCAUCCUGGUCAAGUCAAGGGCAGAUGGCCGACAAUAUGUUAUCAAGGAGAUUGGCAUCUCCAGGAUGUCCAACAAAGAAAGACAAGAGUCACGUAAAGAGGUGUCAGUUCUGGCCAACAUGAGUCAUCCUAACAUUGUCCAGUACAAGGAAUCCUUUGAAGAGAGUGGUUGUUUGUACAUAGUAAUGGACUACUGUGAGGGAGGAGACCUGUUUAAGAAGAUCAAUAAUCAAAAAGGGUCUCUCUUCCAAGAGGAACAGAUUCUCGACUGGUUUGUGCAGAUCUGCCUGGCUCUUAAACACGUACAUGAUCGCAAAAUCCUACACAGGGACAUCAAAUCACAGAAUAUUUUUCUGACCAAAGAUGGUACUGUACAGCUGGGGGACUUUGGAAUCGCCAGAGUUUUGAACAGCACUGUGGAGUUGGCAAGGACCUGUAUCGGCACACCUUACUACCUGUCACCAGAGAUAUGUGAAAAUAAACCAUACAACAACAAGAGUGAUAUCUGGGCCCUGGGAUGUGUCCUAUAUGAAAUGUGUACGCUUAAGCAUGCUUUUGAGGCAGGAAACAUGAAGAACCUGGUGUUGAAGAUCAUCCGUGGUUCGUACCCACUUGUUUCAGUGCAUUACUCACUAGACCUGCGUUCUCUCCUGGCCCAGCUGUUCAAGCGCAACCCCCGGGAGAGACCCUCCGUCUCUGCCAUUUUGGACAAGCCUUUUCUUGCACGCAGGAUUCACAAGUUUCUCAGCCCUCAGCUCAUUGCUCAGGAAUUCAGCCGCUCACUUCAUCUUAAUCAGCCUAAAAUGAGUGUGGCCCAGGGUGUACCAGCCAAACGCCCCGCCCCUAGCCCCAUCCCAAUCUCCCCAGCUCAGAAAAUCACCAAGCCAGCCGCAAAAUAUGGAGUGCCUUUAACUGCUCGAAGACCAUCUGAAGCUAUCAGGAAGGUCCCAGAUGCUGCAAGGAAACCAGUCAAAAAGGCCCCCCCUCCCGCAGCAGCUCAGAGGAGACUGAGUCGAGUGGAGGAGGAGAGGAGAAAGCAUGAGGAAGGAGUGAGGAAGAAACGAAUGGAGAUGAUGGAUAGGGAAAGAAAGCAAAGAGAACAGAUGCUAAUACUUAAGGCUGCUCAGAUGAAGAGAUUUGAGAGGGAAAAGCUGAACCAAAUCAACCGGGCUCGGGAGCAGGGCUGGAGACAUGUUCUCAGUUCUAGUGGAGGCAGCAGUCCUGAGCACAAGUUGUAUGGGGCCGGUGGCAUUGGAGCUGCACAUUCCCCUGGAAUAGCCCCUGCCCCUCACUCUGGACUCAAACAUGCCACACCUUAUCUCCCUGGCCCCACCCCAACUCCUGCUCUAGCUCCAAGCAGAGCUCCAUAUGACCAUGUCCUCCCAGCCACUGAUAAACCAUCCAAACCAACACCUAAAGAUGGUGCAGUAGAAGGAGCCAAGUCUUCAGGGGACAAUAGCAGGACUCCUGCAGACUCAGGGACGCUGAAUGGUCAUGCCUGCAUCCCCAACCAAAACGUUGUCAAGAGAGAACCACGCAAAGCAAGUCUCCAAAAUGAGCUGAUUUCAAAGAAAGACUAUGCCAGUAGAUUACGAGGCCAGUUGGCGGCAGAGAGGGCUAAACAGGUGGAGGAUUUUCUACAGCGGAAAAGAGAAGCCAUGCAGAAUAAAGUCCGUGCAGAGGGUCAGCUGGGGGCCCGGCAUAACCUGGCCGCCAUCUUUGCGAGUUGGACAAACUCGGCCCGAUGCAGGAGACCCAGAGUCAACAAAGAGGAGGAGGAAUACCUGUCGAGAUUGCGGCAAAUCAGACUACAGAACUUUAAUGAACGACAGCAGAUCAAAGCUCGCCUCAGAGGAGAGAAGUAUGAUAGUGAUGGGUCAGACAGUCAGGAGUCAUGUGAAGAGGCAGCUCUCAGGAGGAAGAAGACUGAGGCUUUGAAGGCCCAAUCAAAGGCUCGUGCUGCAGUGCUUAAAGAACAGCUUGAAAAGAAGAGAAGAGAAGCAUAUGAAAGAGAGAAGAAAGCUUGGGAGGAUCAUCUUGUUGCACGAGGAGUAAAUGUUGGUAUUGGAGCCGUAUGUGGAGCGCCACCUCCAGCAGUCCCUCCCACUCAGGAGUCAGAUCCCACCCCCCAGGAAGAUGCCUCCAAAGUCACACCUUCCUCAAGACACACCACUCCAGCCAUCUCAAUGACCGCUGCUCUGAAGGAUGUGGGCGCGAUUUCAUCUGGACUGAGUUCCCUUAUGAAAGAGGACCCCCUUAAAGCAGAAACAUCAGACGUACAGAGUGAAAAGAAGGAGAUUCUUUGCAGACUGAAUCUAAAUCUAAAGGUCCAGUCCCUUGAGGAAGAGCCUGAGAAAGAUGCUACCUCACCUUGUAGCAAAGCACCAAGCUCCACUCCUCAACUAGUCCAACCUUCCACCACAGAGGAAAGGCCACCCACAGGUGGUGAUAGGAGAAAGUGGGAGGCUGUAGCUCCACCCAUACUCUCUAUAACUGAACAGACACUGAAAGAAACCUGUGCAACUUUGGCAGUGCCUCAGGCGGUGUCUCCAGAGCUAAGUGCUCCCUCUGGUGGAGACAGGAAGAAAUGGCAGACUGAUGCUGUCCCUCUGCUGUCUGUGGCUCAGCAGACACUGGAAGAAACCAGCCUUACAACACAAGGCCAGUUUACAGAGCAUACAGCAGGUGAAGUCAUUCGCAUGGAUGUCUGGCAGGGGGAGGGGCUAAGGAAGGCUUGGGGGCAGAGCCCAGACUCAGAUGUUCUGAAGGUGUUGGAAGAGGCAGAGAUCCAAUCCUUUACUCAGCAACUGGCUCACGCUAGCACCUGUGACAACACACUGACUGAAAGCCUUAAUCCCAUUGAAGAGUCUACAGAUGUCACUAAUGAAGCCAAACAAGUGCCUCUCCCUGAGCCCUGCCAGCCUGCUACUGGCCAUGCCAAACAAGAAGUGACAUGUCAGGAGACGGUGCCAAUUACAACAGAGGUUAAAAGUCAGGAACUAAUUCCACCUACACCAGAGGAUAUACAAAAGCCUCAGUCAGGAGAAAGUGAGCCAGAGGAGGUUGAUGAUCUGGAGUCUGUGGUUCUGGAGGAAGCCUCUGAGCAAACCUCAAAGCUCCCAACAGAAGUAAUGCAGGCAUGGGCAAAUGACUCUCCAAUGGCUGUGCCAGAAGAGGGCAGAAGAAUACAAGCAGAGUGCACAGAGAUUCCGCAAAGAGAAGUGAAACAGCCUGAACCUGCAGCUGAUGAAUCUCUGUUUGUAAAACUAAGCAGUAGUCCGGCUCACAGACGCACAGUAGCAUUGGCCCUCCUGUCUGCUCAGUCCUCUGUGGAGGACUCCUCCUCUGUUGCCUCUCGCUCUCGCUCAGUCUCUCCGCUGCGCUCUCAUUGCCAUGACAACACACUCCUCAUCGGCCUCUCCACCGGCCUCUUUGAUGCAAACAACCCAAAGAUGCUCAGGACAUGCUCCUUACCAGACCUUAGUAAAGUGUUCAAUGAUGCUGCAGAACCUGAAGGUGCCGUUGCUCCUGAAAGCAACCUGGAGAUAGAGGAUCUGGAGGACAAAGCGGAUGAGCAGUCAGAGACUGAAGAUGUGUAUGAGGACGAUGAUUUGCGAGAGCUCAGAGCAUCUAUGGAGAGGCUCCUCCAGGAACAGCACAGUGAAGACGAUGAUGAUGAUGAAGAGGAGGAUGAAGGUAGUGGAUCCAAUGGCAGUCCUGCUGAUGAAGAGGCGGUUGUUCUUAAUGGGCUGGUCGGUGCUGGUGACAACAAACACAGUCCAGAGGAGAAGUGUUGUAAUGGCGUAGCUGAGGAAGAUGAUGAUGGUAGUCAUGAUGAGGAAGAGCCAGGAGGACCUGUUACUAAUGGAAUAGAAGUUGAGGAAGAUGAAGAACAAAACAGCAGCGAAGGCCUACUCAAUGAGGAGUGGCAGUCAGAUGAUAGUGAGAAAGAGGAUGAUGAAGAUCUAGAGCAACAGGACAGUAUCUUCAGUCGUCUGGAGGAGCUGCGCUUCCAUCUAGAGCAGGCUAUGGGCUUUGAGAACUUCAUCCAAGCCUACAACAAGAUCAAGGCCAUUCAUGAGGAUGAAGAUGAGAACAUUGAAAUGGGCUCCAGCAUGGUACAAAGCAUUUUGGGAACUGAGCACCAGCACCUGUAUCCAAAAAUUCUCAAUUUAGUGAUGGCAGAUGGAGCUUACCAAGAAGAUAAUGAUGAAUAGGAGUUAUUCAUCCGUGCCGUUGGCAGCCUUGGACAAUCUGCUGGCAGGCUGAAGUGUUCCCAUGAUGCACUCUGACAGGCAGAGGUGCACAUGGGGGAUGGGGGGAGUGAGAGAAGAAAAUGGGGGAAAUGGGCAACUCUAGCACAGGCUGUUCAGAGUCCACGGUUGUACGUGCUUACUGUGAGGAGCUGAAGCACUACUCUGGAAAUUUUUUGCAUAUAAAUGUGUUGUAGAUAAUAAUAUUUAACCAAAGUGUAGCAGAGAGAAAUACAAAUUCUCAGAGAUAUACAUGUGUCGUCCUAGCUGUUGUAAAACAGACCGUAUGUAAAAACGCUGCACCGUGCUGUAUUCACUAACACCUGAAGCUAUGGAAACUGCUUUAUAAGGAUCUAGACUGGCCAUGGAGGACUAUUUCAGAGGUCAAAGGUCAAUUAUCUGCCCACAGCAGGUUUUAAUCAGCUGUCUACCUCUGACAACAGACCAGUCUAAAAUUCCAGUCUUCUCAAACAAUUUUCGGAACCUCUUUUUGUACUUUUUACAUGCGCAUCAGAAAUUGCUCAAAUUAUUUUGCCUCUUUAAGAAUUUCUUACCAGUGAAGUUUAAAUCAUUUCAGGACUUGCCGGAACUGUUAUUUAAAAAAAGAUUGUGUAGAUAUACUAUGCGUAUAAAGAGAGAUAAUAAAAGAGUGCACAAGCAUACUUAUGAGUUUGUUUGGCUUUUAUAAACACAUUUCUAAAAGCUGUGGGCAUGCUUUGUGCAUGUUUUACACAGCUGCACUACCAACGAGAGAUUUUAAAUGUUGUCUUCAUUUUAGUUUGCUGGCAGAAUGUGAUACUUGAAAGUGUACAGAAAAUUGUAUAGCAUUCUAAAGCAAUUGUAAAACAGUUUGCAAGCAUUAUUACUGUUUGUGUGCAUGUCAGAAUAUGUAUAUCUUUGUACUGAGAAAUAAAACAAAUUUCUUUCUG